AAAGCCAACUCCAAAAAUCAAAAUUCCAUCGUCUUCCUCUUUCUGAGAAUCGAGAAUCGAAACCUUCUGUAAACCAUGGGUCAGGGAACGCCGGGCGGUCUGAACCGUCCGGGAUUACCGGGUGACCGGAAGCAAGAUGGCUCCGACAAGAAGGAGAAGAAGUUUGAACCAGCGGCGCCUCCGGCCCGCGUUGGCCCCAAGCAACAAGAGUUCGUCGCUAACCAGGAGCGACUCAAACCGCAGGAAGAGAAAGCCGAGGAGGAUAGAUCUAAACUUGAUGAUUUGAGAGGUUCUCCAAUGAGUGUUGGGAAUCUCGAGGAGCUGAUCGAUGAGAAUCAUGCGAUUGUCUCGUCGUCGGUUGGUCCCGAGUGUUAUGUGGGAAUUCUGUCGUUUGUUGAUAAGGAUCAGCUGGAGCCUGGAUGUGCUAUUCUGAUGCAUAACAAGGAUCUUUGGUUGCAUAGUGUAACUGUAGUAAACCUUCAAGAUCUCAAUUGUUAUAAUCUUCCCUUCGAACUAACUUGCAAAGCCCCAAGGGUGGUCCUCGGGGUAGAUAUGUAGAUGCUUAAAUUAGCAAUAAUGUGGUCUAUGUUUUCUUUUUUGAGAAGAAAAAAUGAAAGGGUUUUUGAUUGGCUUUUUUCUCUUACCUUUAGGAGUAGUCCAUGGGAGUAUUUGUAUGCCUUGACAGGGUCCCCAUGUGGCUCACUUAGCAUGAUAAUCGUGACAUGAGGUGUCUGAUGGAAUAAAUGUCUUAGGUGAAU